AUGGCCAAUGAUAUUACCCCCGCCUCCUCUCCGCCUGCAGGCCAGACAUCCAACUUUAUCGACCCGGACUAUUGCGGUAUCAAGUUUGUGGUGGUGAAUUGCGUGUUUCUCACGUUGGCUGUCAUUGCUCUUGUGGUGCGAAUAUGGACUCGAUUGUUCAUUGUGCGAAGCUUUCGCGCUGAUGAUGUUUUGAUGCUUAUGGCUUUUGCCCUAUCAUGUGUUCUUACCGGAGUGACUUUGGACAUGCUUAAUUGGGGCCUGGCAAAGCACAUGUGGGAUGUUCCUCUAGAUACAUACUCACCAAUGUUCAGCAAGCUGAAUCUCGUCGCUGCAAUUAUCUACUGUGCAGCCACUGGGUUUACCAAAUGCUCCGUCCUAAUCUUCUACCUCCGAAUUUUCCCAAGUCGCAAAUUCCAUAUUGCUGUCUGGACCAUCGUUUUCAUUGCAGCUGGGUACAGCGUCGCCAGUAUCCUUGCCAACAUUUUCAGCUGCAAUCCAAUCGCCAAAUCAUGGGACCUCACCAUAACAACUGGUUCAUGUAUGAACCGUCCUGUCUUUUACUUCGCCAAUGCUGGCUUAGGCAUUUUUACCGAUUUCGCAACUGUUGCUGUGCCGAUACCGUGGAUCUAUCGAUUGCAAAUGCCUACGCGACAGAAGGUUGCCGUUUGCGGUGUCCUCGCAAUGGGAUGCUUUGUCGGAAUUGUUAGCUGUAUCCGCCUCGUCACCCUAUACUAUCUUUUAACGAGCUCGGAUCUUACUUGGACGACCACCAACGCUCUCUUAUGGUGCACAAUCGAACUCAACCUUGGAAUCUUCGGUGGCUCCGUCACAGCCAUGCGCCCCUUUAUCCGACGAUACUUCCCCCGUCUCCUAGGUCUCUCCUCCGCUGGCGGAUACUACGGAUCCCAAUCUCGAAAACAAGCACACCCCUUGAACUCCAUCCCCCGAAGCGGGCAACCCGACUUCUCGAACCGUAAUCAUCUAUACUCUGCUACAAUGACUGCAUCGCGAAACGCGCCUGACAAUGAUAGCGAGGAGCAUAUUUUAUCUCCGAAGAGUGCCGGUACGAAAGAGAUGGAUGGUAUCGUUCGGACGGUGGAGUUUGACAUAGAGAACACGCCUACUCAAACGCGGUGA